AUGAAUGAUAUUCUAUGUGGAAAAUUUGAUUAUUUGAGGACGUAUUUACCCGAUGAAUUAGGCGAAACAGGAACACUCAAUUUUGAUGAAAAUAAGGAUUUAAUACAAUACUGCCCUGAGAAAGAUUCAGGAGAAAAUAAAUGCAAUAAUAAUCUAGAUAAAAUUACGGCUGGAUUUUUAUGGUUACUUGAACAAUGUUAUUCUACAUUAACAAGUAAAGAUUAUAUUGAAAAUAAUACUAAUGCAUUUUUUCUAUAUAUUAUUUCAUGGUUUAGUUACAAAUUAAAGCAAAUCAAAGGGGGGGAAUUCACCACAAUAAACGAAUUGUAUAAUAAAAAUGUAAAAGAUAGUGGUAAAUAUACAAAAUUUAUAAGAGAAGCCUAUACAAUUGGAGAGCUUAAGGGAUUCAUGGAUAAACGAAAUGAUUUGCUGAAUAUUAAUAUUGAAGAUCUGUCUAAAUUUUAUGAUGCAUUUAAAUUAAUAUGUAGUAUGCAUGGUAAUGUUUCAACGAAUACAAUUGGUGACACACUGUCAGAUAAUGCUAAUAGUUUUAUUGACACAUAUAUAGAGCUUAACAAUAAUCAUAAUGUUGAAGGUAUUGCACGUAAUAAAAUAUUGCCUGUUUUAUCAACUGAUUAUGAUAAUUUAAAAAAUGCUUGUACUAAAAAAGGUGCUAAUUGUAAAGAUUUAUCAUUCCUUCCAGAGAUAACAACAAAAUUUUCUGCACAAAUAUCUGGAGAUACAUCAGAUUCGUCGAUAGGAAACAGAUUAUUUACAGUUUUAUCGAUAUUUGGUGCAAUAGCAUUUUUUUUGGGAAUUUCUUAUAAGUAUUCAUUAUUUGGAUUUCGGAAACAAUUUCAAAAACAAAAAUUAAGAGAAAAAAUAAAAAAUAUAAAGAAGAAAAUGAAUCGUUAA